CCCGCGCAGCCGCAUUGGACAGCUACGCGGCCUAGCAACGGUGCUAGGAGAGCUGAUCCGUCACCGGUGCUGAGCAGGAUGAGGCCCGGAGAAGAGCGGCCUGUGGAGGGGGGAACUUGCGCGGAGGUCUCCGAGCUGGAGCUGCUGAAGCUGCGCGCCAGGGAGCGCAUAGACCAGGCGGCCGAGCGCCUGGGGGCCCUGAGCCGCGCCAUCUGGAGCGAGCCCGAGCUGGCCUACGAAGAGCACCAUGCACAUCGCGUGCUGACGCGCUUCUUCGAGCAGGAGCUGCCGGCCGCCUCCUGGGCCGUGCAACCGCACUACCAGCUGGCCACGGCCUUCCGCGCCGAGUGGGAGCCGCCAGGGGGCCGCGCGGCGCCGCGCCCGCUGCAGCUGGGCUUCCUUUGCGAGUAUGACGCGCUGCCUGGCAUCGGGCACGCCUGCGGUCACAACCUGAUCGCCGAGGUCGGGGCGGCGGCCGCUCUGGGUGUGAAGGGGGCCCUGGAGGGGCUCCCCCGGCCACCGCCGGUGAAGGUAAUUGUCCUAGGAACCCCUGCAGAAGAAGAUGGUGGUGGCAAAAUUGAUUUAAUUGAAGCAGGGGCUUUUAAAAACCUUGAUGUUGUUUUUAUGGCCCAUCCAUCUCAAGAGAAUGCUGCUUAUCUACCUGAUGUGGCAGAACAUGAUGUGACUGUGAAAUACUUCGGAAAAGCAUCUCACGCUGCUGCCUACCCCUGGGAAGGAGUAAAUGCAUUAGAUGCUGCGGUUCUUGCCUACAACAAUAUGUCUGCAUUAAGGCAGCAAAUGAAACCAACCUGGAGAGUUCAUGGUAUAAUUAAAAAUGGUGGUGUAAAACCCAAUAUCAUUCCCUCUUACUCUGAAUUAAUCUAUUACUUCCGUGCACCGUCAAUGAAAGAACUUCCAGUUUUGACCAAAAAAGCAGAAGAUUGCUUCAGAGCUGCAGCUUUGGCUACAGGAUGCACAGUAGAAAUUAAAGGUGGAGCACAUGAUUAUUACAAUGUUCUUCCCAAUAAGAGCCUCUGGAAAGCUUAUAUGGAAAAUGGAAAAAAACUGGGAAUAGAAUUCAUCUCAGAAGAUGCAAUGUUGAAUGGCCCUUCAGGGUCUACUGAUUUUGGAAAUGUUACUUUUGUGGUCCCUGGGAUUCAUCCAUAUUUUUACAUUGGGUCAAGCGCCCUGAAUCAUACGGAACAGUAUACUGUAGCUGCAGGAUCACAAGAAGCUCAGUUCUACACUUUGCGUACAGCCAAAGCUCUGGCAAUGACUGCACUGGAUGUUAUUUUUAAACCAGAGCUGCUAGAAAGAAUCAGAGAGGAUUUUAAAUUGAAACUUCAAGAAGAAGAGCUUUUACAGACAGUAAAAUAAAAGGAAGAUUUAGGAGAUACAAUGAAUCAUUAAUCAGUGAAUUUUUUUUCUUUAACCUUUUUUAAUGAGGAAGGAGGGCUUGCUUGUUUUUCAGUCUUAAAAGGAGUCAAAUUCCUCUAACCUACAAAAUGAGGAUGUAAUGCGUAGAAAAUUCAUUACCUCAUACAUCUAAAAUGAAAAUAUAUAUUUGAUGGAAUUAUGGCUUUUCAGGAGCUGGCAUGUGGUGGCAUUUCUUGACCUGGGCAAAACAUAGCUUAUGAAUAAUAAUAUUUUAUAAAUUCAUAUAAAUUCAUAUCCAAGGUGGUCCAUACCUUAUUUUCAGAAUUGACUCAUGAAAGAUUUUAGAUUGUUUCUUUUGGUAUUGGGCGGUAAAAUUUUUCUAUAAAGUAGUUUUAAAAUUCAAAUUCUAAAUUUAAGAAAAGUUCAUUCUAUAUAUCUAACUUAUCUGUUUUGGCUUUGAGAAGCUCUCCCUUUACAAUAAAGCAGAUUUUUAAUCAAAAAUGGUGUGGGAGACAACUGGAACUCAGGUUCAAAGAAUAAGCUUUAAUUUUACCAUUUGAAGGAAAAUGUUUUUUUUUUUAAUUGUUUCUGAAAAGUGGCAUUAAAGUACUAUUUCUAACUUGAUUAUUACUAUACUAGGAAAGAUUAUAAAUAUAUGUGUUGGGCUUCCCUAGUAAGGUGUUUGCUUGCUAGCCCAGUGUGUUCUAGAAGGGCUUUCUGGGAAAGGAACAGUUUCUGUGUACCAGGCUCUGCUUAUCUUAAAUCUUUUUCAUCAUGUAAGUGAUCCCAUCUACCUAGUGGCCUUUUUCAGGCUUCUCAGAUGCCAUUCUGUCCAGCCUGACUGGAGAGUACUGUAGUUUACUGAGUUCAGGAGGCAGAAUGUUAAGCACCUUUAAGGAUCAUGGUAGCCCAAUGUUAAUUGGAAAGUAUAAGUUUUUCUUGAUACUUUUAGUGUGAAUUUCAUGAGCAUGGUAAGUCUGAGAAAAGUAUCCAAUAAAACAAAUAGUUUUAGCUGUGAAUAAAAUAAAACUCCUAUAUAUUCAUUUAAAGGGAUUCCCAGUUUGGAUCGAAGCAUACCAAAAAUUAAAGAGAAAAGAGAGAAUAAUCAGCAUUUGGAGUCUGCUAUUAGCCAGUUACCUGUGCCCUCUGAGCCUUCAGCUCCCUCAAUUAUAAAAAUUAGAUCACUUAUCUUAACAGUCCUUUGAACUUCUAACUCCUAUUUGAUCUAAAGUUACUUCAAGUUUAAGGAAAGGGAGUACUUACUUUAGGGGAGAUUUAGCAGAGAAUUGAUUUUCUGUCCUAUCAGGGGUUUGGAACCUACAACUUAAUUUGAUAAGGCCUUGGAUAUUAUAUGCCUAGUGUUCUAAAAAUGAGUCUUAAUAAUUUAAAGGAGCUGGUGUGUGUGUGUGUGUGUUAUUGGGUAGUCCUAAUUUUUUGGAUUAAAUUCCCAAAGUAUUUUGGAGGUAAAGGAAGCACUAAAUUAUAGACAGACAGUGUCACUUACAUAGAUAAGUAAAGGUUCUGUUAAACUCUUUAUACUUAGAGAUGAAUGUUUUAAAAUUGAACUGUUAAAAAAAGUUUUUAUCUUUUUUAAAAACCAUGCCAGUAAGUUUAUUUUCCAGCAUUAGUUUGAAUGGUGACAUUUUAUUAUCAUUUAGAUUCAAUGACUUUAUACUUCUUUAUUAAUAUCUACCUAUAAAUGUUAAGUUAUUCCUCCACUCUUUGAAGCCAUUGUCCUUUCAAAAGGUUUAAUUUGCUACAAGUACUCCAAAAUCUAAUCUUUUGGGGGGAAAAAAUUAUGAUUCUUAGAAUACUGAAUUAAUUUACCUAAACCAGAGGUACUUGUGAACUUCCUUGAGUUAUAUCUGUUUAUGGAGAAUAUACUUAUUACCUGCCUUUUACAAUCAUUUUUUGCUCACACCUUGCACUGGAAGCCUUUUCCAUCAAAUAUCAGCUUUUAACUAUAUUAAAUUAAUAGACUUUAAAAGGUAUAUACCAAAUUAAUGGUUUAAAUUUAAUUGCAGAUUGAAAGUUUUGUUUCUUUUUAAGUUUACUUUUUGUUGAUUUAGUAGCAGACUUGAAUAUGGGGCCUAUAUAAAAUAGUUAUGUGGUACUAUUAAUUUCAAGUUACAAUAUACCAUGUAAGAUUGAAUAUAGCUAAUAUUUAGCUUUCCUCUUAAAAAUUUCAGACUGCUUUUCAUUUUUAACAAACUAUAAAUUACUCAGGAAAUCCUUCCCUUUUACUUACUUGCCUUUCUGUAGCACUUAUGAAAUAGAGCAUUUACGAUCUAAAUGAGAACAUUUUCAUGGAUACUUUUAUAAACAAAGUGUUUUCCCAAAAUUUUCCAAAAGACCUUAUUUAUUCAUGUAUUGAAUUGGUAUUUUAACUUUUAUAAUUUCAACAGAUGAAUUCUGUGAACAUUUGUUGAAGAGUGCCAACUCUUAAGCAUUGGGGGUAAGAGAAUACGACAUGGUCUUUGCCCCAAAAAGCUUGCGGUUGGUGGUAAAUUUUCACAAAAUCUGCUUCAUCUGAGCAACACUGGGAUUGAAGAACAUCCCAAAACUACUCUCUUGGGAAGUUUUGAGGAUUGUUUCUAAAAUACAUCAGUCUGGACAUAGGAUGGAAAACUGACAUGAAAGUCUGUGGUACAAGAAUGACUGUCUAACUUUGUAAUACAUUCUUUAAAAAAAACUUGCUGCUAAUGUUGUGUUUUAUACAUUUAUUACUUUUUACCUAAGUAUCUCUUUAGUCUUAUGGAAAAUAUCCUUAGUACUUCUCUUCAAACUAUUAAAGUGAAAUUUCAUUGUAAAAGAAAUCAAUUAUCUGCUAACUAGCAACUUUUUAUAAAGCUGUAAGCCAGGAUAAACUUUUUUAUAUAUAUUUUAGCAAGCAUUUUGUAAUGUAAUUAUAGUUGAAUAUGGUGUAUUUUAGUAUAUAUGAAGUUAAUAUUUUCAAGUAAGCAAUCAUACUACCAUCAGAUUAUAGUAUUGUAAUAUUUUAACAUUAAAAUAUAUGAAAAAAAUCUAAAAGAUUCAUAAAUGGUUGUCUAAACAUAAUCAC